UAACUUGCAGGAAGUCACGAUCAACACCAUGAGUUGCCCCCCUCCCACCCCCAACCCGUGCACGCCGACAUGCCCCCCGCCCGCCCCUGCACCCCCCUGCCGCACUAAACCAAUCAUGCGAGGGCUACAUAUGGCACAAACCAAGUCUGUGCUGAUCCAAGCGAUACUGCUCUCAUUCUCCGCUGGGGCAUUGUGGUACUACUUUGGUGCCUUGCCGAGGAGGGCGGCUUAUAAGGAUUACUAUGCAAAGGGAGAAUUUGAGGAUUGGGCCGAUGAAAUGGCCCGGAAAGGAAUAUUCCAAUCUGUGCCAAAAGGAUCAUCACAUGACAAAAAACAUGACAAGUGAAUUUCAAACACUCAUAUUGAAUUUUAAUAAAUGUUUUAAAGAAAG